CAAUUUCUCUGUAUCCUCGUUGCUCUUGCUCUUCAAAUUAAUCCCAAUACUUGCGUAAAUACACGUGUAUUUACGCGAAAUAACAAUGUGAUACAGUACUUAGUUUUAUCAGCAAUCUAUUGAUAUUGUAGCAAUUUACUUAGAUUUAGUGUAUUUAAGUGAAUAAAUAAUGUAUCAUGUGUCGUUAUUUGUUAUCGUUAUAUGUAAAUAAUAAGUAGAAAAUAGACGAUAAAGGGUAAUAUACAAGGUAAUAUACGAAAGAUAUAAUAGCUGGCGUCUUCAAAAGUUUACUAUAAACUGAUAAGUACUAUACAAGUGCAGAGAGGUGCGAAUCCUGUUCCUAAUUCUGGUUAGCGUGAUUAAAAAAAUGCAGCCGAAUUUAGCUUACAAACCUAACCUCGCUAUCUUCUGCUGAAAACAGCUUUCAAUUACACAAGACUCUUGUGAUUUUCUGGCUGUCUUCAUGUUUUCCUUAGUACAUCUAGAUAUUUUCUUUUGUUUCUUGGUGAUGGUCUUCGAAAUGCACUAUAUUGUACACAUCGGAGAAGAACUGUCUUACUCUGCUUACUAAUACAAAUCUUUCCUUGCAUGUACGCAUGAAUUAUUUUUUUUGCCAGCCUUUGAAGUGCGUGCAUACACAUCUUUUGACCAUUAAGAUAGAAUUAAUUCUUAUACAUAAAUGCUCCCUUAAAAUGAAUAUUCCUAAGUGAGACUUUUUUAUGAGGUCCCUCUCCACUACAUAAAAAAAAAAAUUUCUUCAGUAUGAUAUGGGAGUAAGAUAAAAUUAAAAAUCGAAAAAUAAUGUCGCUCCAACAAUUCGCAGAUUUGUUAAGUCUCAUAACAAUUGGCAUGUGUUUUGUAUUGAAAAUUCCACAGAUUUUAAAUUUAUACAAUGCCAAGUCAGCAAAGGGAAUUUCAAUAGCUAGUCUUCUACUAGAAUUAGUAAGCUAUACCGUGAUGACUAGUUACAAUUACACAAAUGGUUACUCGUUUCUAUCUUAUAUGGAAUAUCCCGUUAUUCUAUUCCAAGAGUAUAUUAUGUUUUUUCUAGUCUUGAAAUAUUUAAAUAAAAUCAAUUUAGUCGCAGCGUUAUCCGCAGUACUUUAUUUUACAAUAACUAUUUGUUUCGCACUGCGAGUAAUCCCAGCAGGCGUCCUCACGUUCUUAGCGUCGUUGUGCACGCCAAUUUCCAUGUCGAGUAAGGUGAUUCAAUUACUGGCGAUCGUGCGAGCUAAAAACGCGGAUGCAGUGUCGCCGAUUACUUGGUUUAUAUCCGCCUUCACAAAUUUAACGAGGGUGUUUACGAUAUGGUUGGACUCGGCGGAUAUUCUGCUUUUAGGAAAUUUUACUAUAUCCGUACUUUUGAGCUCCAGCAUCAUGUUCGCCGCGAUUUACUACAGAUGGCAUCGAAUUAAACAGGAUUAAGAAUUUGGAAGGAACUUGAUACCGUGAAACUAUUAGGUCGUCCUAUAAGUUCACCCUGCAGCUGUCUCAAUAUUUAAUAAGAAACUAUUAUAAAAUGAAAGAGAUUAUCUCUUGUUAUAACACUCAAUGGUAUGUUUCCCAUAUUAAUUUGAGUAGCAGAAGUAUAAACGGCAUGAACUUUUAGGACGACCUAAUAAUAUAGCUACCCCUAGGAAUGUUGAAUUUUUUGAUUUAACGAAAGAAAAAUGCAGCCGUCUAAUAAAAUAUACCGAAUAUUAUUUAAUACUUGCUGAAACGUGUAUAUAGUCGCAAGAGAGACGUUGUUCCAAGGCAAUAAAAUUUCAUUUGGGGAUGAAAUCCAAAAUGCGA